AUGGCACCUGAUAACCUGAAGGACCUUUUGCUCGGCAAUCAGACGGAUGCGGAAUUCGAGCAGAAUAUCGUCGAAUUCGAACGACUCGCGGCUUACAUUGAAACAGAAAACGCUGACGUCGACGUUGAGACAAAACCCGCUGAACUACCUGGACAAAUGCAGAAGAUCCGAAAUGAUCAGGUAAGAGUGUGUGGCGUUGAUGAUUUUUUGACAGUGAGCGCGAUUAGAGCCAGAAUAAUGUUGGUGUCAUUGACGUAA